AGCAUUAUCCUAAUCCAACAGAUUGGAUGGCGUCAGGUUUUGCCAGAUGAGAAUGUAUGCUGCUCUUCUGAACUUGACAUGUUUCACUUGGGUUCUCCGCAACUGGGUCUCAUCAUUUUCCUGCCGGCUGGAGCCCUCAAACGGUCAAACCAGUAGAAAAGUGCUGCUGAUUUGAAGGGGAUGGAUGAAAAACUUGAAUCCAAAGGCAAAGUUUGUGUUACGGGGGCUUCUGGCUAUCUGGCAUCUUGCCUUAUAAAGCGGCUUCUCUUAUCGGGCUAUCAUGUAAUUGGAACCGUCAGAGAUCUAGGAAACCAGAAAACGUUGGCACAUUUAUGGAAGCUGGAAGGAGCUAAAGAAAGACUCAGAUUGGUGGAGGCUGAUUUAAUGAAAGAAUGCAGCUUUGAUGAUGCAAUCUUGGGAUGCCAUGGUGUCUUCCAUUCUGCUUCCCCUGUAUUGAAGAAACCUUCAUCUGAUCCAAAGAGAGAAGUCUUGGAGCCAGCGAUUGAGGGUACCUUGAACGUGUUGCGUUCGUGUAAGAAAAAUCCAUCUCUGAGGCGAGUGGUUCUCACUUCAUCUUCUACAGCUCUAAGGAAUAGACCCGAUGAAGAUUUAGCAUCCUGUGUAAAACUGGAUGAAUCAUCUUGGAGCUCUGUGGAACACUGCCAGAGACUUCAGCUCUGGUACCCUUUAUCUAAAGUUCUAGCCGAGAAGGCAGCGGGGGAUUUUUGCAAAGAAAAUGGGAUCGAUUUAGUAACUGUUCUGCCUGCGUGGGUGAUUGGACCUAGUUUGUCACCUGAUCUAUGCUUGACUGCAUCACGGGUACUCAGCCUGCUUAAAGGGGAUACCGUAUGGUAUGGAAGAAUGGGAUAUGUUCACAUUGAUGAUGUUGCACUCUGUCACAUCUUAGUUUAUGAGCAUGAAAGUGCUCAUGGUCGAUAUCUUUGUAGCUCAACAGUUUUGGACAACGAUGAGUUGGCUUCCUUAUUAUCCAUGCGAUAUCCUUCCUUACCUAUUGCCAAAAGGUUGAAGCAAGUAAGCAGACCAUAUUAUGAGUUCGACACGUCAAAGUUGCAGAGUCUAGGAUUCAAGUUCAAGAGUAUCCAGGAGAUGUUUGAUGAUUGCAUUGACUCUUUGGUGGAGCAAGGCCAUCUUUCUGCACUCUAGUUAAUUUAUGCUCUCUGAUUUAUCUUGCCUUUUAGUAAGUGUUGAUCGAGGAAGGCGAUUAUAAAGACGUCGAUGACGGUAGUCAGGAUGGUAUGAAGCAAGCAGAAUUUACUUUUCAUAUGAUCUUUAUGCAGUGAUUUCGUAUAUAAUUAUAAAUAAACAUGAUUGCAAACAAAUGCUUAUGUUACCGAACAAAUUCUUAUAUCAUCAGAUUGUGAAUCUGAACUGAACAUUUAGCAAUCAGUUGAUUAGUCGUUCAGAGUCACUACCGAGUUGCUUAGUGGUUCAGAUUAA